GUGCUCAUCACUGAUCAGGCUUUGAGUUGUGAUCCAGCCUUUAGAGUGAAGAGGGGAAGCAAACAAUUAGUGCCGCUGUUAUUGCAACCUUCUCUGGACCAGCAUGAAAGAGGUAUAUGUGAGGUGGUGGUCUUAUCGGCUUUAAUUGUAGCCAGUCUGGAGAAAGGAAAUCAUGACAAAAGGAAGUUACGCAAGCUAUUGAGAAGCUCUUUGAGUGAUUAUUACUGGUGGUGUAAGGAAUCUGGUUCAGCAUCAAGCUCAGGUGCAACGGAAAAGCAUACAGAUAAAAACCCAGACAGUUCAAAUGUAGAAUCUGAUGAUGAUGACAACGAUGAUACUGCUUCGCCAUCAACAUCCAAAGGCUCUGAAAAGAAGAGGAAGCCUGAGUCCAAAACCCAAGAUGACAAGAAAAGAGAUCAGCCACCCCGAAAAAAAAAGAAGAAGACGCGUGAUGGUAAAAACAAGAAGCAAAGGAAAUCUGAUGGCAAGGAUGAUGAAGCAUCUCCUAGUAAAAUUUCAAAACCGUCUAACAAACAAGAAGGGAAAGACAAGGCAGACAAUUCCGAUGUUGAUGACAGUGAUGUCCAAAAUUUAUCAACAAGGAACAGUUAUGAGCGACUAAAACAAUGGCGAAAAAACAGGACAACAUCAAAGGCAGAUAUUGACAGGAAAAAGCAUAGAGAUUGGAUGAGGAAUCUGCGAUCUAAGGAAACCAAAGAUAAAACUGACAAGAGGAGGAAAGAAGACCGAAUGCGACAUAGGCUAUCUAGAAAAUGUAAAAUUUCUGGUAUAGGUAACUUUGACAAAAACAAGGGCGCACCCUGA